UGCCACACUGUGUAGUAUGGUAGUGUAGUGUGGUCUGGGACCCAGCGUCAGGCUUUUCCACGCCUCUGCCAGCGCGACGCGGAUGACGUUGGAUAACAAAGAUGGCGACGGCAAACAGCAACUACUGGGAAGAUUUGCGGAAACAAGCCAGGCAGUUGGAGAAUGAGCUCGACCUGAAGCUGGUGUCCUUCAGUAAACUGUGCACCAGCUACAGCAGCUCUCGCGAUGGCCGGAGAGGAGACAGUUCAGACACAACACCGCUUCUUAACAACUCCACCCAAGACAGAAUGUUUGAGACCAUGUCAGUCGAGAUUGAGCAGCUUCUUGCAAAGCUUACAGGAAUAAACGAUAAGAUGGCAGAGUACACUAGCACACCGGGUGUGACCUCUCUUAAUGCUGCACUAAUGCACACACUGCAGAGGCACAGAGACAUCCUGCAGGACUACACACACGAGUUUCACAAAACCAAAUCCAAUUUCUUAGCUGUCAGAGAACGAGAGGAUCUUCUUGGAUCUGUCAGGAAAGACAUUGAGACGUACAAGAGUGGCUCAGGGGUGAACAACAGACGGACAGAACUUUUCCUUAAGGAGCAUGAGCACCUUAGAAACUCGGAUCGACUUAUUGAAGACACAAUAAGUAUUGCCAUGGCAACCAAGGAAAACAUGACCUCCCAGCGAGGCAUGUUAAAAUCUAUACAGAGCAGGGUCAACACUCUGGCCAAUCGAUUUCCUGCCAUCAAUAGCCUCAUCCAGCGAAUCAACUUAAGGAAGAGACGGGACUCGUUAAUUCUGGGUGGAGUUAUUGGCGUCUGCACCAUCCUUCUGUUGCUUUAUGCAUUUCACUGAUUGACAGAGGAUCUGAUGGCAUUUUGGGCUAUUCUGCGAGCAGUGGCAGGGCUUGGAGAAGAAGCUCAGUAAAUGGGACCCUGGAGGCUGCUCAGCAGACUCCCACUUGGCCUAAUCAAAUAACAGGAUUGAUUGUGGCCAGCAUGGACUACCUUACUUGUAUCUAGCACUGGGUUGGAUGUGGCUCUUACAGCAUUUUUGUUUUCUUUAAUACAAACAUGCUCUUCUGAUGGCAAUGAAAUGGAGACCAAAUAAUAAAUGAGACCAGAACAUUUUUGGUUUUAAAGAGCAGCCUGUAAUACUAAUACUGGCUUAAAAAAAGUCUCUCUGUGACACAGCAUCAUGAAAUUGUGUUGUCACUGUUGAUUACUGGGGUAAAGAGGAUUUUAAUGUGGUGAUCCUUUUAGUGAAGGGGAUGUUCAUCAUGUUAUGUACCAUGUGAUUUAAUAAAUUAUUCAUAUACAUGAUAUUAAAAAGUGAAACAGUG